AUGGGCAUGAAGGAGGUCCCUUCCAAUCUUCGCCCCCAAGUUAAAAGCCUACUUACGGUGCAGGACAAGCAUAAUGUCCUGCAGGCCGAAUUUAAUAAGAAGGUUCUUGAGCUUGAAGUCGAAUAUGAGGCCAAAUUUGCGCCCCUAUAUGAAGAGCGUGCCACCAUUGUCAAGGGCUCCGCAUGUGAAGAGGGUGUAUCCUCCUUUUGGCUUACCGCGCUUAAAAAUAACUAUAUGGUCAGUGAGAUGAUUACGGACACAGACGAGCCCGCUCUUUCUUUCCUUAACGAUAUCCAAUACACUCGUUUGGAAGAUAACCACUCGUUUAAACUUGAAUUUUUCUUCAACAAAAAUACAUUUUUCACCAACGCCAUUUUGACGAAGACCUUCUAUUUCACAAAAUGCUGCGAUGACGACGAGAAAGAUUCCUGUUGCGAUUCUGCGUGUGAUGCUGACUCUUCUAGUAAUCACGAGGAGCUUUAUAGAUUUGAUCGAAUGGAAGGCACCACCAUUGAUUGGUUGCCUGGAUCAAACCUUACCGUGAAGAUGGUCAAAAGAACCCAGCGCCAUAAGACAAAGAACAUUACGCGUGUAGUUGAAAGAGAGGAGCGAGUAAAUUCCUUUUUCUUGUUUUUUGAUGCGCCUUGCAAAAUCUCCUCAAAGGGCGGCGAUAAGGACGAAGCUACGUCUGAUGAUGAGGAUGAUGACGGCGAGGUUAGCGACGAAGUUGCCAUCCAUCUUGAGAUCGGUGACGUUAUUCGCAGCAAGAUCAUUCCGGAUGCCGUCAACUGGUAUUUGGGUAUUGCCGAUGACGAGACGGCUCCAUUCGACGAUGAAGAAGAUAUGAGCGACUACAACGAGGAGGGCGAUGAUAAUCUUUCUGACGCUGCUGAGGACGACGACGAUGAAGAGCGGCUGUAUUCGCGCCGUAUCGGUGGAGCCCGCUCGCACCAGUCUGCAAAUCAGAAUUGCAAGCAGCAGUAA